UCCAACCGCCAAGGAGAACGAGCGGCCGCCAUUUUGACCACAGAGAAACCCAGCCUAUGGAGUUCCUCAAGUUAAACGUGGAUAUUUAGGGCGGUUUACCCUGUAGAACCGCUCUGUCAUGGCUGUGACGGCUGGUCUCUCCCUCCUGAUGCUGAUGGCGCUGCAGGCCGCUGCUGAGAACACCCUCGUUUACUUUGAGAUCGGCAAGAGUCUGAAGCUCAACCCAAACUACCAUGAGGCCAUCAACUCCAUCAGCUGGAAGCAUAAGGGGAGGUAUAUCGCUCAAUACACUAAGGAUAGAUAUUCUCUGGAAUAUAUGGGUGACUAUGAAAGCCGAGCACACUUGGACUUGACCACCGGAAUACUGACCAUCAGCAACACGAAAAAGUCUGACAGCGGGAUGUACGAGUGGGAGAUCAACAGCAUAACCCUUCCUAUCAAAUAUGCACCCGCUUCGAAUGUGAAGCGGGUGCAAUUUAACGCUGUGGGUAUCAAGAACCUGGACGACUACCCUGUUGAAAUCACCGUGAGCCCUCAGGGCUGCAGCGGUCUUACCUCUAGAAGAUGCACCCUAGUUUGUGGGGAAAAGUUUGAAGAUGCCGAACCCGUCCAGUACUUCUGGAAGAAAGGAAAAACGGGAAAAUGGAAGAAAGGGAAUAAGACAAUCAUAAUUCAUAUGACCAAGAACAGUCCGAGCUUUCCACGCUACACCUGCAAAGUAAAGAAUCAAUUCAGCGAGAAGGAGAGCCGCCCGAUAGGGAACACCGUCGAGACGGAACCAAGCAGCGGUCCGGUUCCGCUGCCUGCGAUUCUGCUUGUGGCCGUUUUAGCAAUUGGAGCAGCAGUUAUUGUUUGACUUAUCAAGAAGCCGCCAUUUGUUCAAAAUCUUUUUGGUUUACAUCGUGAAAAAAUAAAUAAAUAAAACGCAAUAAGUUA